GCUCCGGGUGAUGGCUAUCGCCUCUGAUCUACGGAGAGCACCCCACUGCUAGGGUGCGGCAGCAAAACUGCACGCUUUCUGGUUAAAAAAUAGCGACCGUCGACUCCCAGCGCGUUAAUCGAGGCAAAAAGGCACGAAACUGUCAUUUUUUAAAAAUGGUGUACGCGGUCCAUAUAGAGUAAGGUCUGGACGGCGGCUGCCACUACGAAGCCAGUGACUGCCAGAUACUCCCACUACAAGCCGAGUACUAUGGCAGUGCGGCCGUAGCGGAGCAGCCUUUUGUCUGGCAGAGGUCAGGAUGCGGGUCUGCUUGCUCUGAGAGCCGCUGUGGUUCCUGGAGCGGUCGGCUGCUUUGCCCCGCACAGGGAAAGACAUCACGCUCCAGGGCCGAUCUUUAGGCAGCUGUCUGGCCUGCACCAUGGAAUUACGGGUGGGAAACAAGUACCGCCUCGGGCGAAAAAUAGGGAGUGGCUCAUUUGGGGAUAUUUACCUGGGUGCCAACAUCGCCACGGGAGAGGAAGUGGCCAUCAAGCUGGAGUGUGUGAAGACCAAACAUCCACAGUUGCACAUCGAGAGCAAGUUCUACAAGAUGAUGCAGGGAGGAGUGGGAAUCCCCUCCAUAAAAUGGUGCGGCGCUGAGGGGGACUACAACGUGAUGGUUAUGGAGCUCCUCGGGCCCAGCCUGGAGGACCUGUUCAACUUCUGCUCCCGCAAGUUCAGUCUGAAGACUGUGCUGCUACUGGCGGACCAGAUGAUCAGCCGCAUCGAGUACAUCCACUCCAAGAACUUCAUCCACCGGGACGUGAAGCCGGACAACUUCCUCAUGGGCCUGGGAAAGAAGGGCAACCUGGUGUACAUCAUCGACUUCGGCCUGGCGAAGAAGUACCGCGACGCUCGCACCCACCAGCACAUCCCCUACCGCGAGAACAAGAACCUGACAGGCACUGCGCGCUACGCCUCCAUCAACACGCACCUGGGCAUCGAACAGUCCCGGCGUGACGACUUGGAGUCCCUGGGCUAUGUGCUUAUGUACUUUAACCUGGGCUCGCUGCCCUGGCAAGGCCUCAAGGCCGCCACCAAGAGGCAGAAGUACGAGCGCAUCAGCGAGAAGAAGAUGUCCACCCCCAUCGAGGUGCUCUGCAAGGGAUAUCCCUCGGAAUUCUCCACCUACCUUAACUUCUGCCGUUCGUUGCGGUUUGACGACAAGCCCGAUUACUCCUACCUACGGCAGCUCUUCAGGAACCUGUUCCACAGACAGGGCUUCUCCUACGACUAUGUCUUUGACUGGAACAUGCUUAAAUUUGGUGCUAGCAGGACGGCUGAGGAAGGCGAGAGGGAGCGGAGAGGAGCAGAGGAGAGGGACGAGCGGAUCGCAGGGGGGGCCCGGGGCUCAGCUGCCAGGGCCCUACCUCCGGGUCCAAACCCCCCAGCUCCAAACCGGGUCAGGAAUGGCCCCGAACCAGCAGUCUCAACACCAGCCUCUCGUGUACAGCCAUCCGGAAACGCGUCUCCACGGGCCAUCUCCCGUGUAGAGAGGGAGAGGAAGGUGAGCAUGAGGUUGCACCGGGGCGCCCCCGCCAACAUCUCAUCCUCGGAUCUCACCGCCCGCCACGAUCAGUCUCGUAUCUCCGCGUCGCAGGUCAGCAUGCCGUUUGAGCAUCUAGGAAAGUGACGUGCUGGAAUGUUCCAUCCCCUGGAUAUGGACAGGACUUCAAAAGACCCCUCCCUAGUUUCACUUUGUUUUAUUUAAAAAGACAGCAUAACAAAGAAAAUGGAUCAAGGAUCAGUGGCAGAAUUAUGACGGAGAACCAAGGAUGAAGGUCAACGCAGGGCAACCUUUUCAGUCUGAUGGCGAUUCCCUAAAGCUGAGCUUCGAGGCAGAGUAAUCCAACAUCUGUCACUCUACAGACCCACCCCUUUGCUGCUCACUGGGACUCAAUAGUCCCUCUUCUGGCAGUUGGUGGGAGUGCCACAAGGGGGUGGACCCUCCAGGGAAGGACCAAUUUCUCCUACACAGAAUGUAACUGUUACUGCAUGCCAAUACAGUCUUUUGUAAAAAUUGUAAGGUUUAUUUUUUUAAUUGGUUUUCCAGUUUUGGGUUCACUCAUCCGUUAAUGGAACCGUGGUGUUUCACAGUGUUUCAGUGACACAUGGGCCCUUGAAGGGCCACUCACAAACACGUUCAUGAAUGUUUACACUUCACCUGUUCAUUUUAGUUGAUACAAAAAGGUUGAUGUCACAACUAUGUUCUGUGUUUAUAAUCAUACAGGUAUGGAUUGUAUCAAGCUUAACACUAACUUUAUUUUUAUUAUUCCGGAGUUUCGUUUUUAAAUUUUUUUGUAAUUUUUUUUUUUAUUUGCUAAAAAAUAAAAAGUAUUGAAUACAGCAUAAGGUGAAAGAGGAUGUGUGGAAGGCGUGUGAAAACUAGCGUUCCUGUCCCACUAAGGUGGGUGUGUUGGGAGCCACGUGAGAUCUUGGUGUCCCAGAGGACACCUCUCUAAUUUUCAGCACUUCUGUUCGCUGGUUUUUUGUCUAAAUCUGAUAGUGAGUCAGAUGACAGAGCUCCGUUUAGAUACAAAAUAGAGAGACGAAGGAUGGAUGUGCUCAUUUGUAACCCUGUAAGUUUAUUUUAAAGGUAUGGCUCUUUGCAGGGGCAAUUUACACCCACACCUAAAAUUUAACGUCUGGCCCUCUCCAGAGACCUGCCAGUUGGCUUUUGGUGGACAUUUUUAUCAUGAUUGUUCUCGAUUCGCCUUUUAUUUUCAGUCCAGUGCUUGGGAUUCACUUAAAGUUGGGGUGGUUCCUUCACGUGGUUCAUACAGAAAAGGUGUGGUUUUAUAUUACCUCAUUCUUUUUGUGUAAAACCAAAUUGCAAUUGUUUUAAGGUCUGAUGUAGAACGGAAGCAGUGUGUGAAAUGGGUUAUGGUGCCGAGUUGAGGGUCCGGAAUCAUGAGACGGUUUUAGCUGCAGUCUUUGUGGCCACUGGCCUGUAGCUCUGUGGUUUUACUCUUUCUCAUCUGUGUUAAACACGGUACUACCUUCUCAGAUGGAAGGUUCCCUGCUCCGGGCUCGCAGAUUGGUCAGCUGUUCUCUGCUUUGUGUGGCCCACUUUCAUGUUCUUACCAAGUCAUCUGUUGAGUUCUGUGUUCUGUUACUCAGUGACUGUAAUACGCUGUUCCCAGAGACCAUGGGUGUUUAAAUCUUUCUCUACAUGAUGCUACUGUUCUACUCAGAGGUUGCCAGCAAUUAUAAAUUAUUUACCAGGAAUUAAAACUGAAUUACCUGAACUUUUGUUUUUUUUUUCCUUCCCAAACAGGGGUGUUGAUUCAACUGUGAUGUCAUUUUUUGGGCCCUGAGGUAAUGCUACAUGGUUAGCAUUGGGUGAUGUCACUGAUUCUUGUAAGAGCUUAGUGAUCCGGGCAAGCUUGUGUUCUAAAGAUACCCAAUGGUAGCAUAAGUCUCACAUGGAAAGUGGUGUAGCCGCAUAGGAUUGUGGGAGUUAGGGGCUCACUUUGUGUAUUGUGUACUGAUAUCUUGUACAGUUCUUUAACAUUUUAUUUACAACAGUAUUUGUGUAUAUUUUAUGAAGUAAUAAUAAACAGUGAA